AUGCCGAAAGAACCAGUGACUAACAUGCGAUGCCACUCCCCCCACCAACCUUACCCACCUGCAAAACCCAACCCUAACCAAAGAAAGCAGAACCAAACACAUAUUCCAGAACGCACAUAGUCCCUCAAAAAGAAUGAUGAAAUCCAGGCACAACUGGGUCUUAAUGCUCCCCAAGGUCUCCCCAAGUUCCUUGGUAUCCUUAUCAUCAGUGUUAAGAUGGCUAAUCGAGAUGGGGGAUCAGGGACCAAGUGUCGUGAUUCGAACAACGCAGGGCGAGGGAGGCACUAAGGCACGUAUGAGCUGGCAAUGACCUGGGUUUGCGAUGACUGCAACGGCGCCCUGGAAAAUGGACUGGCUGGAUCCCAAGAUUCAGGGAAGGUUUUUUUUGGGUGUUAUGUGCCGGAUUUAAGGAGUGAGGUGGUGGUGGGUUUAAUGGAUGCGAUGCGGAUGCUGUAGCUGACCGCAUCUUCAGCCAGUGUGUUGUGCUUUUUUUUGUUUACCUUGGGAGGCGAGUGUAGUAGGUGGUUGGUGGUAGCUGUGUUUUGCCACCUGCCCUCUCAAGUCUGUUUACCGAGCAAGUAAGAGUUUGCUGGCAAACCAAACACAAACCAAGGUUGUAGAGGCUAGUAGUACUC